UGGAUGUAUGUGCAAUAUAUAUAAUACUUUGUGAUCUUGAGAGAGAAAUCCGAGAGAGAGAGUAAGAAUAGAAUCGUGUGCAUUUUCCAUGGGAAAUUGCAAAUGUAUUUGAGAAAUUGCAAAUACCAAUACUCCUUCGGGAAUCUCCAAGAGAUUUAUAUUCGCAUAAAAUGCUCAAAAUGUUGCUCUAUUGGCGCGUUUCAUCCACCACAAACUCACACAUGUUCCCAAAUGCUUUUUGGCGCUUUUUUUCCUGCUCCCCUUUUCAUGCCAUCCUCCUCUAGCUCGUGCUCAGUCUCUUUUCACAUCAUCUGCCCAAGAUUUGGAGCAAUCAUCAGACGAGAACAUUCAGUUUCUCCCGAGAUUCUGUUCAAGACACAUCACAAAAGACAACAUAGAAAGUGAAUUUUCUGGAUUUUUUUUUCUCACUUCCUGUGAACACUAAAAAGAAAACGCUUUUCUUUGGUCUAUUUUCUACUGAGGUUGAAUAGAAUGGGGAAAAUGGAUCGAAUUUUCCUUCUACUGGCCGCUUUUAUGGUAAUCCUCAAUGGAUUUGCUCUCGCAAAGGAUAGUCAUGAUUUCUUGGAUGAGCUGUCUUCCGAUGAGAUGCUGGACAUCGAUGAGGAAUUACUGAGAACUCUCGAGCAAGAUCUUCAUUUGAAAGAUGUUGCGCGGGAAAAUGAAUUGGCUGCCAGGGAAGCUGAAUUGGCUGCUGCCAAUCCAGAUGCUACACCGCAGUUGUCAGAUCCCUGCACCAAGGUUCACUGUGGAGCUGGAAGAAUCUGCCAGGCUGAUGGUCAGACCGCAGCAUGUGUCUGUGUUCCGGAGUGUCCUGAUGAAGUAGAUCCAAGGCGCAAGGUUUGCACCAACAAAAAUGAAACAUGGCCCUCGGACUGCGAGGUUUAUCGGCAGAGGUGCCUCUGUGACACGAAGGAUCCUGCAUGCAUGGGCAAGGAGUUCCGUCACAUUCACAUUGAUUACUACGGAGAAUGCCGAGAUAUGCCGGAAUGCACUGAGGAAGAAAUGAACGAUUUUCCGCGACGCAUGAGAGAUUGGCUGUUCAACGUGAUGCGCGAUUUGGCGGAGCGUCAGGAGCUCAAUGAGCACUAUCAGAAGAUGGAAAUGGAGGCUGAGACGAAUCUCACGAAGCGCUGGGCUAAUGCAGCCGUGUGGAAAUGGUGUGACCUCGAUAGUUCCCACGAUCGCAGUGUCUCCAUUCACGAGCUAUUUCCCAUCAGAGCACCACUCAUGUCCCUGGAACACUGUAUUGCCCCCUUCCUGGAGUCCUGUGAUCCCAAUGGAGACCACAGAAUCACUCUGGAAGAGUGGGGCAAGUGUCUGGAGAUUGAGGAGGGCGAAAUGAUUGAGCAAUGUGCAGAUAUUGCUGCUGAGACCCAUGCAAAUGUGGCCUAGAUUCCCGCCAAAAAUUAAAGAGACGCCCUUUCGAGCAAGUUGGGUGUUAGCUAUUGAAAGUUUCACGAAAUUUUAAAAAUCACCAUGAAAUUUUGUGUUUUGUUCCAGAGUAACAUGAUAUUAACAAUAUAUGCUUUGGAAUUGUCAAUAUUUCAAUUAAAUCUAAUAAAAUAGAGAUUUUCAAUGUGA